AUGAAGAUUCAAAAUCAUACACAAAAGAUUAUCGAGAGAACUUCAUCGUUUUUGAAGUCUGGAGUGAUAAAACAGAAACCUGCUUGGUAUGAUGUUGUUGCUGCCCAUCCACCAUCAACAGAUUUGACAAAAAAUGCCAAAAUUUUGGGCUAUUCUAAUUAUCAAGAUCCUUUAGAAACCAAAAGAUCAAACCAAACUAGAGUUAAAAGUAAGAAGAUUGAUAGUUCAAAGAUCCACGCUAUACCAAAAAUCAAAUUAUUUGAAGAUCAAUUAAGAAAUUACUUCUAUGCCAAACACCCUUGGGAAUUUUCUAGACCUAAAAUCUUGGUCGAAAAUGAAGGUAAUGAAACCAAUAAAUGUGAUUGGAGUCAUCUUUUACAAUUGAAUAAACCUUUGGAUGGUGAAAGUGUAGUACAAAGAACUUUAUGGUUAAUCAAAAAUGAAAAAUUGUCAUUAAAUGAAGCAUAUGAUAAAUCAAGAUUUGAAUUUUAUAAUAUCAGAAUGAGAGAAGAAUUACAAUCUUUGAAUGCUAAAGAAGAAGGUAUGAUGUAUGGAUCAUUAUUUGCUGAAGACAAUUUAAGUAAAGGAGUUGCUUUAGAACAAGAAUUUGUCGAUGAUUGGGCCAAAUUAGCUUCUGAACAAACUCAAAUCUUCCAAACUACCAGAUCCACCAAUAAAUUUUCUGAUUCCGAAGGAAAUGAACCAAGUAAAUCCUUAUUCGAAUCUAAUAACGAUAUCGAAUAUGGUGAUAAAAACUAG